AUUGCCUGAGGCGGCCCAGCGGCUCCGGGAGAAGGGAUACGGGGGGUGGCGGCGGGUGGUUGCCUGCGGGAGGCAGUUGCGGGUCAUGUGACCGGAAGGGCUCCUGACGGACGCCGUCCCUCCUCGGCGCGGCCUGAGCGCCCGGCCUGACCCCGGCCAUGGGGUGCUGCUACAGCAGCGAGAACGAGGACUCGGACCAGGACCGAGAGGAACGGAAGCUGCUGCUGGACCCUAGCAGCCCCCCUACCAAAGCUCUCAAUGGAGCCGAGCCCAACUACCACAGCCUGCCUUCCGCUCGCACUGAUGAGCAGGCCCUACUCUCUUCCAUCCUUGCCAAGACAGCCAGCAACAUCAUUGAUGUAUCUGCUGCAGACUCACAGGGCAUGGAACAGCAUGAGUACAUGGAUCGUGCCAGGCAGUACAGCACCCGCUUGGCUGUGCUGAGCAGCAGCCUGACCCAUUGGAAGAAGCUGCCACCGCUGCCGUCUCUUACCAGCCAGCCCCACCAAGUGCUGGCCAGUGAGCCCAUCCCGUUCUCUGAUUUGCAGCAGGUCUCCAGGAUAGCUGCAUAUGCCUACAGUGCACUUUCUCAGAUCCGUGUGGACGCAAAAGAGGAGCUGGUUGUACAGUUUGGGAUCCCAUGAAGAGAGGGGUCCUUGGACAGCUCUUCUCCUCUCUUCAUCCCCCCCCUACCCCCCCCCCUUGGCCCCCAGCCUCACUGCGGCUUAUAUAGUACCCUAACCUGCUACUAAUCACAGAGAAAAAUGUGAAGAAGGAGGAGAAGAGGAAGGCUGGAAGCCUGAGCAAGUGAGGGUAGAACCUUUUGGGACUGGCCUUUGAAGCUCUGGCCAGGGAUGGGGUGGGGGCCAAAAGGACAGAGCCUGGUAUGUCGUCAUAGUCAUUGAGAAUGUGGAGAUACCAGUUUGGGUGGGGGGUGAUCACCAGGGGACCUAGGGAGAUCCCCUUCCCACCCUCUCUCGGCCUCAAAGUCACUCCUGCCCCCUCUCCCUGACUUGGUGCUCACAUGCACCUCACGAGGGUUUGUGACCAGGGUCUGGAUGAGCUUGAAUUUGAAUGAAUUGAGUUUGUAUUUCUAGAACCCUGGGUUUUUACAUGUUUGGUCUUUUUUUUGUUUUGGUUUGUCACCCUCGAUAAAGGAAGUAUAUUCAUCCGUG